AUGUCAUAGAAUGAAAAUGAGAUUUAUAGAAGAAUCAAAUUACUGGGAGAAGGUUCUUUUGGAAAGGCAUAUUUGGUGGAAUGCAUUCAAGAUGGAACUCUUUGUGUCAUCAAAUAAGUAGAUUUAAAUUAAAUGAAAGAAGAUGAAAGAAGAGAAACAAUUAAAGAAGCAAGAAUAUUAGAAGCUUUAAGACAUCCUAAUAUAGUUAAAUUUAGGGAAGUCUAUAAAACAAAAAAAGGUAGGUUAUGCAUUGUAAUGGAUUAUGCAGAUGGUGGUGAUUUAAGCAAUAAAAUCAAAUAAACAGGAUCCUGUCUAUUUAGUGAAGUAUAAAUACUAGAUUGGUUCACUUAAAUAUGUUUAGCUAUCAAACAUGUUCAUGAUAGAAAAAUCAUCCAUAGAGAUUUAAAAACCUAAAAUAUAUUUUUGACUCAAGAUGGUAUUAUUAAACUUGGAGAUUUUGGAAUAGCUAGAGUUUUAAAUCACACAAGAGAAAAAUGCAAAACAAUUGUAGGAACUCCUUAUUAUUUAUCCCCUGAAAUUAUUGAAAGUAAAGAUUAUUCAUUCAAAACUGAUAUUUGGUCUUUGGGAAUUAUACUCUAUGAACUCUGUGCACUUAAACCUCCAUUUAAUGCAGAAUCCUUACAUGGAUUAGCCCUUAAAAUUGUUAGAGGUCAAUAUAAUCCUAUUCCUGAUAAAUUUUCCACUAAUAUGAGAUAAUUAAUCUCCUCUUUACUCUAAGUUGAUCCAAACAGAAGACCAAAUAUUCAUGAAGUUUUAAAGAUGUAUAUUUCAUUUAUUAAUUUAGGCCAAUAAUAGUUAACAGAAUCAGAAGUGUCUUAUCUGAAAGUAUAAGAAAUGUUGAGUUUUCACAUACUAUUUUACACAAAUAAAAUUUUGUUAAUCAUAAUUUGAUAGUUCCAUAUGAUACAGAGUUGAGAAGUGUAUGUUCAUAACCGAAUCUUGGCAAAAUUUAAUAACAAUAACCAGUAUAAUAAUAUUAAUAAUAAUAAUAAUAACCUAGCAAUUAUUUAUUAGCAUUUAAUGCAAGAGGAUAGCCAUAAAAUAAUUUAUUAAAACAGAAAUAAUUAUAUUAAUAGCAUUUACCAUAAGUAAAUAUUUUAUUAAAUUAAUUUAGAAUUACGAUUACAUAUCUAAACCAACAUAAUAAAAUUAUAAUCCAUAUAUGAAUUAUUAGAAAUACCAAUAUAAUAAAUAGCAAUAAUAACAAUAAUAAUAAUAAUAAUAAUAAUAAUAAUAAUAAAUUUAACCAUUAUAAAUUAAUAAUAGACCUAAUAUUUCACCAUUAAAUCCUUAAAGAAAUGAGAAGUCACCUUAUUAUGAAGAUAGAUCACCAUUAAACAAAUCUCCAUUUAAUAAAGAUAAUAGAGACAAAUCUCCAUUUGAAAUAUAAAGAGAAUAAGUCAGAUAAUAAAUUAAAAGAAAUGAAGAAAAAUUUUAAUAACUUUAAGAAAAUAAAUUAAAAUACUUAUAACCAGAUAAGUAUGAAUUACCUAAAUUAUCUAGAGAACCGUAUUCAUAACCAUAAAUACAAUAUAAAUUUUAAAAAUAAUAAUCUGAUCCUGUGUCAAUCAAAGACCCAAUUAGAUUAGAACCAAUUAAUAAUAAUUAAUAAUAACAAUAAUAAUAAUAGUAACAAUAAUAACAAUUAUAAUAAUAAUAAUAAUAAUAAUAAUAAUAAUAAUAAUAAUAAUAAUAAUAAUAAUAAUCAUAAAAAUUUGAUUUGCAAUAAAAAAUAGAACAAUAAUUAUAAUCAUAAUAUCCUUCAUCCUCUAGAGAUCAAAAAGAAUAAAGAGACAGUGUAUAUUAAGCACCUUAAACUGAAAGAGUACAAGUAGCAUAAUAUAUUUCCCAACCUCCUCCUACUUAAUAAUAAAGCGAUCCAAUCUAAAAAACUGAAUCAGUCAAACCAAGUAAAUAAUAAUUAAAGGAAAGUUAACUUAUAUUAUAAGAAAUAAGAGAAAUAAAAAAUGAUAAUAAAGAUGAUAGAGAAAAGAUGAAAUAAUUAAUGGAAAUGAAGAGAUAAAGAAAUAGUAAUACAUAAUCUGAAAUUUAAGAAAUUAUUAAAGAAGCAUCAAAAAAUUCUGAUGAAUAAGAAGAUGAAGCAUCACAAUUAUUAGCAGAAUUAGAAGAUAUAGUUAUAGCCGCAGAAGGUGGAGAUGUUAAACAUUCAUAAGUAAUUAAUGUAGGUGAUUGUGAUUUAAUCAAUAUAUAACAAUCAGUUAGAGAAAGUGUAGAUAGAGAAGAUGAUGAUAGUUUAGAAUAGAAAUCGAAUGCAUCAAAUGAAAAUGGAGAAAGAGAAAGUUUUCAAGAUGAUGAAGAUAUUAUUUGUGAAACACCAAAAGAAUUGCUUUAUCAAUUACUAUUAAAAUAAAUUGGUUAAGAAUAAUUGACUAAAGCAUUGAAUAAAAUAUAAAAUGCAUACUCCCAAGAUUAUAUCAAUCUAAUGCAAAAUGGUUUAGAUGAAUUGUAAUAAUAUAAAGCAUUAAUAUUCAUGUAUGAAUGCAUGUGA